AUGAGUAUCAACAGAGAUUCGUUUUAUGAUGAUGAUGAAUUUAUUCCUGAAGAACUAUCAGAAGAAAAUCGAACACCUCCAGUUCCUCCGGCAAGAAAAUCUCUACCACACGAUGUAACAACUACUGAAAUUACAGAAGAUACAACUGUAACACCACGUCCACCAUCAUCGCCUGUAUCUCCACCACCACUACAACAACAACAACAACAACCAAUAGCCUCACCACCACUAGAGCAACAACAACAACAACCAAUAGUCUCACCACCACUACAACAACAACAACAACCAAUAGUCUCAUCACCACUACAGCAACAACAACCAAUAGUCGCACCACCACAAAUUAUUCAAGAAGAAAUUCGUGCAAAUCAAUCAUCAUCAAGUAGCUCAUCUGAAACAGAUUCAUUCGAAUCAGAUGACGAUGACGUAGAUAAAGAAAAAGAAAAAGAAAAAGAAAAAGAACUUGAAAAAGCAACGACGAAUCAAAACAGUAUUUUACAUAAGCCAAAUGUUCAUGUAGAUACUAAAACUAAUCCAGUGGCCGUUCGAAAUGUAUCGGUUCAAACAGAAACAUUAAAUAAUAUUGAAGUACAUUCAAAAAAAUCUAUAAUUUAUAAAGACGAUAUUGUAUUCGAAUCAAAAAAUGCAACAAUACCUCUAGUUAAAACUUUACUUGAUCAAACAAUAUCGUCUGCCCUACCAAUAAUUAGUUUUUGUCAACCGUUUUCUAUGACCAGUCAUAUCGAUGAUAUUAUUUUAGCUAUGCCACGUCAUUUAAUGAUAAUAAACAAUCAAAGUUCCGUUAGUGUUUAUCCAUGGCAACAACCGCCAGAAUCUCCAUCAACAAUUCUUGAAUGUUUUUGGUGUUCAUUUUUAUAUAAACUUCUUGUUACAACAUUAGAAGAUAACUGUUUAUAUGUAUAUGAUUUUAUAUCUGUUACUGAUUCAAUUAAACUUCGUGGUCGACCAUUAUCAGUAAAACAUCAAAGCUAUCAUUUAAGACAAACGAAUUCGUCCGUAUUAUUGCCAUCGUCAUCCCGUUAUAAACCAACACCAGCUAUAUGGUCUCAAACACGUUUAAUGAAAUCAAAUUCAUUAGGCAUUUAUUAUUGCUAUAUUAGCGAUCGCCAAUAUUCAUGUAUGCUAACGCGUAUUGAUCAUAAUACAAGAAAACAUAUUAAGGCAAUUGAUUGUUCAGGUGGUAGUAACAAUAAUAAUACACGUAUUUGUGCUAUGGGUUUAUCUGAUGAACGAAUAGCCAUUGUUUUAACAAAUCUUAUGAUGACAGUUUAUGAUGCAGAAACAUUAUUAGGUUUACAUCAAAUAAAUUUAUCCCGAAGCAAUGGUUAUAAUAUAGGUGGGAUUAGUUCACUUAUGUAUUUAUGGAAAACAUGGCUCAUAUUAGAUCCAAUAGAAAAUAAAAUUGUUGGAAUUGGAAAACGAAAACGACGAUUCGUUAAAAUUCUACCUGAACAACCAAUUAAUGCUUGUUCAAUGGAUAAUGGAACAUUAGCAGUGUGGGUUGGAUAUCCAGGAGCUCUGUUUUAUUAUCGGCUAGUUGAAUAA